CUAAAAUCUUUUUAAGAUUUCUUCUUCAAUAGCAAAAAGAUUGAGACAAAAUCUUUGGUUUAGCUUUUGAAAAUCUAAUUUUGCUGAGAUUCUCUUAAAUAUCUUUUGAAAACUAUGAUUUCUGUUAAUUGUGCAGCUUGCAAGUAUUUGAAAAAGAAGUGUCGUUUUGAUUGCAUUUUCUAUCCUUACUUCCCUUCCAAUAAUCCUGAAAGAUUUGCAUGUGUUCAUCGGAUCUAUGGUGCUAAAAAUAUUAGGAAAAUGCUCCAGCAAUUGCCAAUUCAUCUGAGAGUUGAAGCAGCAGAAUCAUUGUAUUAUGAAGCAAAAUGUAGAAUUGAAGAUCCAGUAUAUGGUUGUGGAGGGAUUAUUUCUCAAUUACAUCAACAAAUACACAAUGCAGAGAGUCAAGUAGCAAAAGUCAGAGCACAGAUUGCCUUCCUCAAUUCUAAUGCACAUGAAAUGGAAUCCAACACCAACAAUCUUAUUCAGGGACACAGCAAUAUUGGAGAGUCUCAAUUUCAAAUUCGCUAGUCAAUCUAGAAUAAUUAAUAUAUAUUUUGCUCAAUAACACGGUUUAGAUUAAUACAUUUUUAAUAUUUAUUAUGCAAAAUUUUAGAAGAUUCUUCACUUUGCAAUAUAGUUAAGUUUUAAAAUUGCAUUAGAAAAACUUUUUAAGCAGUUCGGUUGCUACUGGAUUGUUCACUAGAAAUAAAAUUAUUAUAUUUAAACCUUUGUUGUUAUUCGUGACAAAUAAAUACAUCAUAAACAUUUU